UUCCCAAAAAAUUAGUCUGAGUUGGGUUUUUGGGACUUUCACUCGUAGAACUCCAAUUUUUUCUUUUAAGUAAAAUGCAUGUUCAAACACAAUUUUAAAUUUCAAAAAGUCAAAUUUUCAAGUUUUAACUUCAAAAUUUGUGACGAAAAAGGGAGUUUAGUGUUUUCCUUUUUGCCUUGUUAUUAGUUUAUAUAUAUUUAUGUUCCGCGUGAAAAAUACUAGAUUCAGUUGAAAUCUGUAAGCAGUAUAUAAACUCUCACCCUCCAAUGUCCUGUUAUGUUUAUCAAGAUUCUAUGUCUUAGAAAUUUUACAUUUGCCUAUAUGAAACACUUUUUUUUUUUGGGUGGUAGUGGUUGUUUGUUCAUAUUUGUGCAUUUUUCCAGAAUCAGUUGAUGCUUUUUGUCUAAAAAUUUGAGUGGUGCUCUUCAAUUCAUACCAUUCUGAUAUGUGUCUUUGCUGUGACAGGUUUUUUUCUACUUGUUUUCUCAAAAAAAAAAACAAAGUUUGGUGAAGUUUAUAUAUAAAGAAUUAGUUAAAGGGCGGUGGUGUCAGUGGAGUGCAAGUGGGAUUGCCUCUGAUUUUCAAGAAACUAUAACUAGCAUUUAACAGAUACAGAAUCAUCAAAGAAAUCAAUUUUUUUUUCUUGUUGAAGGCCUAAAAAAGCUCUGAAUUUUAGAUCAGAGGUGAAGAGAAUUCGCGCCGGAAGAUGAAGUAUAUGAAGCUUGGAUCUAAGCCUGAUCAGUUUCAGACUGAAGGAGAUAGUAUCAGGUAUGUAGCAGCUGAAUUGGCUACUGACAUGGUUAUCAAUGUUGGAGAUGUGAAAUUUUACCUCCACAAGUUCCCCCUUCUGUUGAAGAGUUAUCGCUUGCAGAAACUGAUUGCUUGUACAAACGAGGAAAAUAGUGAUAAAAUCAACAUCCAUGAUAUACCUGGUGGACCUGCUGCUUUUGAAGUAUGCGCAAAGUUCUGUUAUAAUAUGACAGUAACUUUGAAUGCAUAUAAUGUCGUUGCAGCUCGUUGUGCAGCAGAGUACUUGGAAAUGUAUGAGUCAGUUGAGAAGGGAAAUCUUAUCUACAAGAUUGAAGUUUUUCUUACGUCUAGCAUCUUCCGGAGCUGGAAAGACUCCAUCAUUGUUCUUCAGACCACAAAAGCUUUUCUUCCCUGGUCCGAGGAAUUAAAAAUCGUUAGUCAUUGCCUGGAAUCUGUAGCUUCUAAAGCUUCUGUAGACACCUCAAAGGUGGACUGGUCUUACACUUAUAACCAUAAAAAGCUUCCAUCCGAAAACGGAAGUGAUCUGCACUGUAACGCGGUGAGCUGGCAACAACUUGUUCCAAUAGACUGGUGGGUUGAGGACCUUUGUGAGCUUCAUAUUGAUUUGUAUAAACGGGUCAUAGUAACAAUAAAAUCAAAAGGAAGGAUUUCUUCAGAAGCAAUAGGUGAAGCAUUGAAAGCAUAUGCCAACCGGAGGCUCCCGGGAUUCAGCAAGGGCAGUAUACAAGGAAGUGAUCCUGAAAAGUAUCGGUACAUGGUUGAUACGAUUAGUUGGUUGUUGCCCAAAGAGAAGAACAGUGUUUCCUGCAGUUUCUUGAUCAAAUUGCUGCAAACAUCUAUUGCAUUCGAAUGUGGACAAACGACGAGAAGUGAACUGAAGAGGAGGAUUGGCCUGCAUAUGGAAGAUGCAACAGUAGGUGACUUACUAAUUCGAGCUCCAGAUAGUGAGACUAUUAUAUUCGAUAUUGACAUAGUACACGACCUCGUAGAGAAUUUCAUGUUGCAUCAAAAGAGCAGUCAGAUUGAUAGUUCGGCAGAUAAUAGAUUCCACGAUAUAUGCCCCACGUUUGCAUCAGAUGCUUCCGAAGUAAAGAUGGCUAGGGUAAUCGAUGGAUACCUUGCUGAAGUUGCUAGAGAUCCAAAUCUACCACUAUCGAAAUUUAUCAAUCUUGCAGAAUUGGUCUCUAGCUUCUCUAGACCUUCCCAUGAUGGAAUUUACCGUGCUAUUGACAUGUAUCUUAAGGAACAUCCUGGGAUAACCAAAAGCGAGAGGAAAAGAAUUUGUAGGCUAAUGGACUGCAGGAAGCUAUCAGCUGAGGCCUGCAUGCAUGCUGUGCAGAAUGAGCGCCUUCCUUUACGAGUAGUUGUACAAGUUCUGUUCUUUGAGCAACUCAGAGCCACAGCAUCAUCCGGUGGUGGCAGCACUCCUGACCUGACUAGAUCGGUCAAGUCCUUGCUCCCGGUGGGAUCUCAGAGGUGCUCCACAUCUGCUACAUCCAACAUUGAGGACAAUCCGGAUGCUGUGCUCACAGCCAAGGAACUUAAAGCUCUGAAAGGUGAGCUUGCUGCUCUAAGAUUGAGAGACAGAGGAGAUAACAAUUGUAGUAACUUGAAUGACACAAAAACAAAUGCUGCAACGGUUGACGAUAGCAAAGUGAGGAGUUCAAUCAUGUCCAAAAAGAUGCUCUCAAAACUAUGGUCAAAUAAAGAAAGACAAAGUGAGAAUAGUAGCUCAGAUACAUCAGAAAGCCCAUCAUCUUCUAAUGCAGGGGAAACAAAGUCUACCUCAUGUAGAAGUGGGAGGCAUUCCCUCUCUUAGUAUUAGCUGAAAAGUAGCCACGAGCUCAAAACCGACCACAGACCAGUGCCCGAUAUUUAAGAGGAGAAGGGUAAAGGGACGUGUCCAUUUGAGCCGUGUGCUCUCUGGGAGAUUUCUCGUUCAUAUAAGAAAAAAACACAGCUGCAGAGUGAACAUAGUUUCCCUCAUCAUGUAAAACUAUUGCACUCCCUGUUGACUCUAGGCUAAUCCACUUAGAGAAAGUACAGAUUAGAGCAAAGGAAAGUUUUUGUAGAAGGAAACAAGUUCUAUGGUAGCUUUCAAAUUCUUUCCCUAAAAGUUUUCUUUCUCUGUUAAUAAGUGGCUCCCAUACUCCAUUUGUAUCAUAUUCUUGACAAUAAAACUCUAGCUGUAUAUUCCCUUUU